AUGUUCUAUGUAAACAAAGUAGAACAACUUGAAAAUGAACUUAAACUGCAUAAAGAAGGUCGUUAUACAAAUCUAAAUAAUUCUCAUGAUGGUACAGAUACAGUCAAUGUAAUUAAUGAAGAAAAUCGACGUUUAAAAGCAGAAAAUAAUGUUUUACAAAAGAAACUUUCAGAAUUAUCAGCGAAAACUGUGGAAUCAAUAUCUACAGCAAGUUCCAGCAAUGAAUCAUUCCAAAAAGAAGAUGUAGAAGUCGAAUGUGAUGAUAAUCGCGAAGGUGGUCUAGUGCAUAUUGUUACAACCAAAACAACAAAUGGUGAAGCAAAAUUAUUCGAUAAUAAUAGUAUUCGUUUUGAAACUGAACAAGAAGAAAAACGUCUUCUUCGAGAACAAUAUCGUCAAUUAGAAAUAACAUCGAAUGAAACUAAUGCAAAACUUUCGAAACAAAUUGAAAUUUUAGAAGAAAAACUUGAUGAAAAACAAAAAUCAUUUUUACAAUCACAAUACGAUUCCGAAAAACGUAUUCAAGAAAUUAUUACUGAGAAUAAUAGUAUGAAACAAACACACGAAGUACAAAUUGAUGUCUUAAAAUCAGAUAUAAAACGAUUACAAGAUGAAAUUCAAACAAGUCAAAAAGCUAAAGAUGAUGAAAUAAGUAAAUAUCAGAAACGUUUAAAUGAAUUACAAAUAACUAUUGAUCAAUUAGAAUCACAGAUUGGCACAGUUGCUGCUGAACAAAAUCAGCAAUUACGCACUACUAAUGCUGAACACCAACGAAUUCUUGAAGAUAAAGAAUUGCUACUUAGUCAAACACUUGUUGAUCGUGAUUUAUUACGCACUGAAACUGAGCAAUCGAAAGAAGCUUAUGAAACAUUAUUACAAACUGUUCAAAUACUUGAACAACAAGUAACAACAAAAACACGUGAAUGUGAAUCUCAACAACGAAUGGCUGAACAACGUAAAACUAUGAUUGAUGAGAUGGCUGCUAAUCAUUUACAAAUCGAAGAAAAAUCAAAAUUAGCUUUACAAAGCCAAAAAGAUAAAUAUCAAUCAGAAGUUGAAAAGUUCGAAAAAGAAAUUAAUGAUUUAAAGAUCAAAGAUCGAACAUUAAAACAAUUACAAUAUCGUUGUACAGAAUUAGAGAAUCGUCUUAAAUCUGAAGAAGAACUUAAACAAGUUUUAACAUUACGUGUAGAAGAAUUACAAACUGAAAUCUAUGAACUUAAAAAUAGUUUUGAAACUCAAUUAAAUGAACAACAAAUACAAAACGAACAACAAUUAAUUAAUGAAAGACAUGAACAUCAAGAACAUAUUCAAAAUUUAACUGAAAUACUCAGUACAAAAGCUCAUACAAUUGAAGAAUUAAAUGCUCAAAUCGAUGUUUUAAAACAGGAAGCAUUAACAUUUAUUGAUGAAAAACGAGCACAUGAAAGAAAAGGAGCUACAUUGAUGAAAGAUUUACAAAAACAAUUAAAUGCUGAAAAAAAGAAAAAUGAACGAAUGCAAGAGAAAUUAACUGAAUUACUUUCAGGAGAUAAAACCGCACUUGAUGAGCUUUUUUAUGUACAUAAAUCAGAUGGAAGUCGCCAGGGUGAUACAGGAUCAGUUUCAUCAUUUGGUGGUGGACAAGGAUAUAUUGAUCGAGCUUCAGUAGCAUCAACUCAAAUGAGUUCCGUAGCAUUAGAACAAGAAAAUAGAGAUUUAAUACAACGAUUAGCACGAGUACAAGAAGAACGUUCAAUACUGGAAGAAAAAGUUCGACAUUUAGAAUCAUCCAAUUCCGCAAUGGCUAAUGAUCUUAUUCAACAUUAUUCAAAUGAUAAACGUGGAUCAGUUGCUAGUUUAAAUCCUCGUUUAUCAACUCCACCAUCUCGUCGUCGACAAAAUCCUUCAUUAGAACGUCAAACAAAUUCAUCAUUAACCCUUCGAAAUAUGUUUGAAAGUUUUAGUGGAAAUAAAAAUCAAUCAUCAAAUGACGAUACGAUUAAAAAUUUACAACGUUUAUUAGAAGAAACUUUAACUAAAAAUAUGCAUCUACAAAAAGAUUUAGAAUCAGUUACAUUACAAUUACAAAGUCAAUCAUCAAUAAAUCAAUAA